AAAUACUUGCGCCGCUAUGGCGGGAAGGCUGUGGCCGGCAUUCCACUUCAGUGGCGGGUCGCGAGCGGUAGCCCGCGCUUUUUUUAUCUGUGCAUUUUCGUAAAACAUAGUGCCGAGUUGAGAAAAAAGUAAAAAUGUUAAAAUAUACGAUGAAGAAAUAUUGUGCGGAAGGGAGUAAAUUCAACCAAAUUAUUGUCGCUAGUUUGAUGGUCCUCCCAGUAUUUUCGUACGGCACGGCGAUAGGCUGGAUCUCUCCCAUGGGUCCGCGAUUGAUGUCUGAAGAGACCCCGGCCGCGGCUCCCGUGCAUCCAGACACCAUAUCCUGGAUGGCGUCAGUUGUGUACCUGGUGGGGACUCCCACUGUGUUCUUCUUUGGGUACAUCGUGGAUAAUUUUGGGAGAAAAAGGGCUUUGAUGCUCACGUCGUUUUCUAUGGCUGCAUGUUGGGGUCUAAAGCUGUACUCAACAGAAACAUGGGCCCUCAUAACAGCCCGAGCAAUAGUUGGCCUCGGCGUCAGUGGUUCCUACGUGGUCACGCCUCUUUACAUCAAGGAGAUCAGCGAAGACUCCAUUAGAGGAACUCUUGGCAGCCUGGUGGUACUGUCGCAGAACUUGGGCAAUCUGUUUGCGUACGUCAUGGGGGAGUAUCUGAGCUACCAUGCGAUGCUGUGGGUGUGUCUCAUCGUGCCGUUGUUGCAUCUGGUGCUUUUUACUGCGAUGCCGGAGACCCCUUCGUAUUUGCUGAAGUGUGGGAAGGUUGAGGAAGCCCGUGACGCGCUAGCCUGGCUGCGGUGCCGCGAGUCCUCGGAGCCGGCCGUGGACACGGAGCUACAGAACUUAUUGCUCGAGCUAGAGCAGAGCAAGUCGGGCAAGCUCAUCGAUGCUCUCAAGACGCUUGUUACCGACCGCAGCACAUUCCGUGCUUUCCGCAUCGUGCUCAUCAUCACGGUCGCUCGCGAACUCUGCGGCUGCCUCGCCGUGUUACAUUUCGCGUCCCUCAUCUUCAGCAAGGCCAGUGCUGGGGAUUGUCUCCUGACUGCCAACCAGCAGGCUGCAGUAUUGGGGCUGGUUCAGUUUGUGGGGUCAUGCACUGCUUCUAGCUUAGUGGAGAGGACUGGGAGGAAGCCACUCCUAGGCACAACCUGCCUAGUAUCAGGCAUAGCCAUGUGUGCUCUAGGCGCGUGGUUCUACGCGCACGUCGGCGCCACCACGGAGACGGCGGGAUGGCUGCCUAUAGUGGCGCUCUGUCUGUGCAUCUACUGCGACGCUGCUGGGCUGCAGCCCGUGCCCUUCGUUAUUAUGACUGAGAUGUUCUCUUUCCAGCUCCGUGGUACAGUGACAGCGAUAGUAAUCGCCUUCGCCUGCGGUCUCAUGUCAGUAGAACUGAGAGUGUUCCAACCAAUAGCGGCCUCAGUGGGCCUUUACCUCAUCUUCUGGCUUUUCGCCGGCGUCUGUCUCGUCAGCACCAUUUACAUCGCCUGUGUCGUCCCAGAAACUAAAAUGAGGUCCCUUGACGAAAUCUACGCGGAAAUCGGAGGAAAGAACACCAAAAAGAGCAAAGAAAAAGACUGCGAAGCCGACGUCACAAAACUGUAGGCUAUGACGUCACCAGUCAUGGCGGAUACAUUUUGAGGUUAGGAAUGUCAAAGUAUUGAUUGCUCGUUCGUUAGAAUGGCUUAACAGUGAUAUUUUGCACUUAAUUGUGCAGUUAGUAGUAGUGUUAGGCGUUUGAAUACAAGCUCACUCGGGUUUUUGUAUGUCGAGAGCCGAUCUCUGUGGUCG